CGAGUGAGUCGAAUAGCAGAGUCAACUCUCGGCGCGAAAGAUCCUGGCUUUUGUCAUUGCUGCCCCCAUCAGCCUCACAAAAACGAUCUUUUCCGCCUGCAUUCUGCCAACCGAAGGACAAUGAGCAUCAACGCUAACAGUACUCUCUCGACGCUUCCUGACGGCGUGCUGUCAAAUGUCUUCACCUAUCUAAAUCCUCAGAGUGUGUUGUCAGUAGAAAGCACGGCGAAAGGCCUUGCAGGUUUAACCGAUGCCGCUUGGGUUGUGUUGGAGGGGCGGAUUCCGCCGUUGCAGAAAUCAAAGGCAGUGAAUCUAAGCCCGAAACAGCGUGUCGCUCGCUACGAAAAACUUAACAACUAUUGCUUGCAGAUAGCCGGAAUGGAAAAUCAUCAGCUGCCUAAUCUCUGCACAGAUGUCUAUGGGAAUCAUCCUGCCUCAGUGGAUGGCUAUGAGUUUUUUGUCCGUAUAACACAAAAACGUCAUCGCCACGUCUGGGAGGGCUUUGUUCCAGCUCGUCCAAAUCGCGUCUUGCGAGGCGCCGUUGAUCUUGACAUGUCCGAGGUUUUCCAAGCAGGUUGUUUGAACACAUCAUCGGGCAGGACGAUUGAAAAAAUAUAUCCAAGCCUGAAAAAGUUCCUGAAAGACCCGUUCGCCGUCGGAGCAAACACGUUUGCCGGCAACCGCGGUCACGUGCGGCACCUUUUUCAAAACAUUCUAGUCAUUGUGGCUGUCGUGCCAUACAAUGAUCCAAAAGCCGCGCCGCGGCUUGUCCUUUCUACUUGGGGACUAACACGGCGGAGGGCCUGGAAUGGCAUCCUGCGCGGAAACAACAACAACAACUCGCAACAAAUGCAGCUGACACAGAAGUUUCAGCCCGUUCAACCUCGUAAAGUGCUUCGUGAGCCUGAUGACAUGUUUGCUACAAAUACGUUUGUGUGCCGGCGCCCAGAUGACUCACCACAAUUCGCCCUGGAGCUUUUAGUCCUUUUCCAACGACCAGCACGUACAGGAUUGUGAAGCAAGAUAUUACAUUUGACUUGCCUGAUCACACGAAAACACCAUCUUGUUCACCUCAUCGGCCCGCUAAUAAAGCGGACGUCUCCUUCUGCUCCCUUUUGAGUACGAGCUGCAAUUUGAUCCUCGGAGCUUGGAAGCGAUUUUUCCACGUGGCUCGUACGUGUACCUCGUGGUUCCCUUCGAAUGCCGCAAGAACGGCUCGUCCAAGAGUUUCAGCAUAAAUGAUACAUACGUAAAUACAUACAUACAC